AUGGCUUGUCGCCUGUACGAACUUGGACAAUUCGAUGAAGUUCUGGAGCGUUUCAAGAUAUUCAAGCCUAUGGAUAUCAAACCCAAGGACAAUGAACUCGCUAAAGUGACAGAGGACAUGCUGACUGUCGGAAUUCAAUACAUCCAGCAAAGCAUCACCCAUAACACCGUCUCUAAACCUAAGGCAGUUGAGAUGUUGCGAGAAAUGAGGCGCAUUGCAAGGGAAGCUCCGCAGACAGCGCGUAUCGAUACAGUCGAACGACUACUUGAGAAGUUGCCGACGGUUAUUCAAAACAUUGUUGGAGAGCCCGCCAAACGACAGGAAGAUAUGAUAUAUUACAGCCUUUUGUUGUUAUCCAAGUCGCAUCCCGGCCGAAUUUUCCUCGCGGAUACACCAACUGGAAGAGAGGUCCAAGUAGGGAACACAGACAGCAAACCGGGCAAGCAAGGCUCAUUCCGCGAAGUGCUCCGUUGGCUAGCAGAAAUGCAUUUUGGUUGGACUUUUCGAGUGAAAAUGAACGGCAGGCAAGAAUUUUGCUGCACACAUGACAAAAAUAUUUCUCGCAUGCAGGGGGGGAAAUUUCGUUAUCCUGUAUAUUAA